GAAGCCUUCCACGCUGUAAACUCAAACAGCUUUGUUCAUAGCAUGGGGGACUUCCAGCAGAGUGAGCAGGACUUCUACCAGACAGGAUAUUACAUAGAUGACCAGGGUCACACUGUGGCCUACUACGAUACCUACAGUUCCACAAGCCCUGCUUAUUAUGAUGAUGGAGCACAGGCUUUCAUGCCGGAGGUUCUGGAUCCUUCCAUGGAGCAACAGUGCACUGGACAGUUCUACCAACCUGUGAUGCCUGAUGGGUCUGUGGGAAGCACAGGAACAGACUACCCAGAAGAGGAACCUCCCCUUCUUGAGGAACUUGGCAUCAAUUUAGACCACAUCUGGCAGAAGGCACUGACAGUGUCGAACCCUUUUAAGCCAGCAGAUGGCAGCAUUAUGAAUGAAACUGACCUGACCGGCCCAAUCAUCUUCUGCAUUGCACUGGGGGUUACUUUAAUGAUGGCAGGGAAAGCUCACUUUGGUUAUAUUUAUGGGACCAGUGUUACCGCCUGCAUUGGGAUGUACAUUCUGCUGAGUCUGAUGAGCUCCUCGGCUGUGUCUUAUGGCUGUGUGGCCAGUGUCCUGGGCUAUUGCCUCCUGCCCAUGGUGGUGCUCUCUGCAUUCGCAGUCUUCUAUUCUUUACAGGGCAUCCUGGGUAAAAUUCUGGCCUUGUUAGGAAUUUGUUGGUGUAGUUUCUCUGCCUCCAAGAUCUUCAUCUCCACCCUGGCUAUGGAGGGUCAGCAGCUGUUGGUGGCUUACCCAUGUGCCCUGCUCUAUGGACUUUUUGCAUUGCUUACUGUAUUUUAACUAUCACAAGAGAAAACCUCAAGGUAAAUCUUCAUUAUUCAAGCAACAAUCUUUCAUUUUUCUUUUUAUUUAGUUUAGAAAAGUGAAAGAGAGGUUAU